AUGGUGGAAAAUAGUACUUAUGAUGCUACGGAGAUCUUUGUUGAUGGUGGGGGAGAAGCGAUGGUUUAUAUUCAUGGUGGUGCUUGGGUAGACGUUAACACAACGCCGAAGAUGUUUGAAGGGCUAAGUAAGUCCGUCAAGAAAAGUUUGGAUAAAGAUCUAUCCCAAUAUUCUAUAGAGUAUAGACUAUCUCCUGGCGUUAAGCAUCCCUUACACUUGCACGAUGUUCUAUCUAACUUGGCAAGGUUAGUCAAGGAUAAAAGCAUUACAAAGCUGCACCUACUUGGCCACUCUGUUGGAGCUACCCUUUGUUGGCAGAUCUUGACAGCAAAACGGGAACUUACUUCGAUAAUCGAUAUUGAGACCUUGAAUACGAUACGUUCAUCAAUAUCUAAUGUAUUUAUGGUUUCCGGUAUAUACUCAUUAAAAAAGCUACUAGAGGAAUACCCAGAAUACGAUGCUUUUGUUUCCAAGGCAUUUGAAGAUAUUAAUGACUUUCAAGAACUUGCAGAAAGUGUGGAAUAUGUCCCAAAGAACGCCAAUCUGCACAUUAUUCACUCGUAUGAAGACGAGAAAGUGACAUAUCUCCAACCGAAUCUCCUCGUUAGAUCCUUACAAGAGAAACAAGUUUCUUAUACCACCUUUACAAGUCAUCUGGGAAAGCAUGAUGACAUAUGUGACGGGCAGACUCUUGCAGACUAUGUGGUAAGGCAAUUGAGUUAA